GGAACCGUGAGCUUUAACGUAUCAGGUUUAAUGUUUUAAAGUUGGUCCAAAGUAGAUUAUUAGAGUAACUCAUGUAAGGAUGUCAACGCCGGUCAACCGCACACUUGGUAAUAAUAUAAGUCGCCCUGGCGGCUGGCGCCAAAACAUGCCGUUCUGAAAGUAUAUACUUCGUUUAUAAAUCCUAAUCCGUUUCAAUUAACUUUCUGCCUUUCUCUUUCAUUUCUACUCCAAUAAUCUCAAAUCGUACUCUGAAACUAAUAUUACGGCAAUACGCAUUAAUAGCAGCUUGCCUAAUCAUGGACUCAAUUGAAGAAAAGAAACGGAUCAGGACAUUGCUUCACAAGGUAAUUCGAGUUUACCUGCAAAGGAAGGGUUUGAAUCGCACUGCACAAGUAUUCUCUCGUGAAGCUAAUCUCUCUGAUAAUAUUCCCCGCGAAACGGACGGCAUUCUAGAUGAUUUACUUAGACACUGGGAGAAUUGUUUCUCGCCGCAGCCGGGGGCUUACAUUCAUAACUUUCCAUCAUCUGACACGGCCGCCGGCAGAGUAUACACUCCCUCACCGGCAGAGCGUGGCGCCGCCGUUAGCGGCGUAAUGAAGUGGGAUGAGUUACCUUUCGAACGUUUGAAUUCCGUUAAAGGCUCCAGCGAACCACUUCUCUGUUGCGACUUCAGCUCUCAUCAAACGCCCUUCUUAGCCUGUGCCGGCUUUGACCAAAAAGUAAGUCGCCGACUUCUGCGGCUCGAUCUCAUUAUACAGUAUAUUAUUUUGACAGUCACGCACAGUACGUACAUACGCAUGUGCAGGUUACAGUAUGGCAUAUGAAUGGUAGGAAGGACGAGUUAUACGAAAGCAAAUCCAAGCUGCAUGAUGGGGUUAUAACAGAUAUCAAAUUCAGACCAGAAUCAAAGAUGUUAGCAACGUGUUCUCACGACACAUUAAUCAAGUUGUGGGAUUGGUCGUUCCCGGAAAAUAUGUGCGUAAAGAAGUUCCGAGGGCAUCGUGACCGUGUCAUGUCCCUGGAUUUCCAUCCUCAGGCCGCCGUCAACCUCCUCGCCUCCUGCGACAGCAAAAGCUGGAUCAAAGUGUGGGAUGUCCUUAAAGGCGUUUGUAAGCGUUCUUUCAAGGGAGGAAGUCGAGUAGUGAGAAUAGAGAGGAAUGCCGGGAGGACAAUGGCGGCGGCUGCCGGAAAUGUUGUGAACUUAUUCGAUAUCGAGACGGGGUUACGCACCCAAGAGUUAAAGGGGCACGGUUUAGAUGUGGUGGGAAUAUGUUGGGAUAGGAGUGGGCGUCAGCUGGCGUCGGUGAGCGAAGAUAGUGUGAGGGUAUGGUCAGGUACUGGAGAGUGUGUUCGCGCUUGUCACUGCAAUGGUACUACACGCUUCAAAACAUGCACCUUCCAUCCCGUUGAUCCUUAUCUUCUCAUCCUCGGAUCUCACCGUGUAUGUAUAUAUAUAUGUGUGUAUAUAUAUAGAUUAUUUUAAUUGGAUCGAUGUUGAUUAUGUAUAUGUAUGUAUAUGUAUAUGCAGAACAUAUACUCGGUGGCGUCCCUUGUCGAGAAUAGAUACAAUGAGGGUACGAAGCAGGAACGCACACGAGGAGGUCAUCACUUCAUUGACUGCUUCUUCAUGUGAGAGUGGGUUCAUUGCUUCCGUUGACUAUGGGGGCAUAGUUAGUAUAUGGAAAUCAUGACUAUAUUUGUAAUUUGUGCACACCAAAUGUAGUACUCCGUAUUAUAUUGUGCCAACCAUAAAUAGAUAAAAACAACCAUUACGUACCUAUGUGGUAAUUUGCUCAUUUUAGACUCUAAUCUCU